UCGCUAUUUCGUCGUAAAGCCUCUUUUACGACGAAAUAACGAGGAAAACCGCCCUCGUUAAGAUGAUGUUUUCUUGUAGUGUGGGUUGGAUAGACGGUUGGUAUGAUCGUAUUUUACAGUUUUUUUGUGCUAAUCAAUUCUUGUUUUGUGCUUUAGAUGGAUCCCGCAGAUGAGAGAACAGAUUGUAAGAGGAAACUGGAGCACAUAAACCUCCUGAGAUACGUUUCCGAUUCGGAACAUGGGAUGCCCAAAAGAUGCGCUUGUGGUGGGAGAAUGAUACACGAGGUUCGAGUGAAGGAUGAGUUCGACACUCAGCCAGGGAAACGCUUCUUCAGCUGUGUAAACUACGAGGUUAGAUACAAACCCUGUUACCCAGUUGAAUUAUUAGAUACAAACCUGUGCUUUAGUUCAAUAUUUGGAAUGUGUUGUCUGAUGUGUUUAUUGUUUAACCAAGGCUGAUGGGUUACAUUAUCGUCACUCUCAUUUUAUGCAUUGCUCUCAUCUUCAUCUCGAUCUAUUCUCUCAAAACAAUCAGAACAAAACCAUCUUUCCAAUCUCUUCUCUGUAAUUAAUCACACAACAACACUGAAGCACACAUAAGCCCACAUCUCGAAUUUGGUAAUUCAUUUCAGACAGCAUCUGUUCUCUACCAAAUAAUGUCGUCCUCAUCAUCCGAUGGAGUAGAUGAAGCUUUUGAAGAAUAUUUUGACGAAGAAUUUGAUAAUAUCCUCAACUCCCUACUUGAUGAACAAGCCACCAACCCAAAGAAACGGAAUUAUAUCGAAAGAGAUCGGGAACAAGGCCACAUUCAACUAUGGAACGACUAUUUUGACGAAAAUCCUACUUACACAACGGACAUGUUUAGGCGGCGUUUUAGAAUGAACAAACCAUUGUUCCUUCGCAUUGUCGAGCGGCUAACUACAGGUGUUCCGUACUUUCAGCACCGAGUAAAUGCUCACGGAAGGAAAGGGCUCUCACCACUUCAAAAAUGUACGGCAGCUAUACGUAUGCUCGCAUAUGGUCAAUCGGGAGAUACGUAUGACGAAUAUCUCCGACUCGGUGAAAGUACUGCUCUUUUAUGUUUGGAACAUUUUACUAAUGGGAUAAUACACUUUUUUGGUGAUGAGUAUCUAAGAAUACCUACGGCAGAAGAUCUUCAACGAUUACUCAAUAUUGGAGAGGCACGCGGGUUUUCCGGGAUGAUUGGCAGCAUUGAUUGUAUGCAUUGGGAGUGGAAAAACUGCCCAACGGCUUGGAGAGGGCAGUACACACGAGGUUCAGGAAAGCCGACAAUUGUCUUAGAGGCUGUGGCAUCAGAAGAUCUUUGGAUAUGGCACGCAUUUUUCGGAUUACCAGGUACCCUUAACGAUAUCAAUGUUCUUGAUCGGUCUUCUGUUUUUGAUGACAUUAUAAAAGGUCGAGCACCUAAAGUUAAAUUCAAGGUCAACAACCACACUUACCGUAUGGCGUACUACCUUACUGACGGAAUUUAUCCAAAUUGGUCGACAUUUAUCCAAUCUAUCUCACUUCCUCAAGGUGAGAAAGCAGAGCUGUUUGCUAAACAUCAAGAAUCCACCAGAAAAGAUGUCGAACGAGCUUUUGGGGUAUUGCAACCGAGGUUUGCAAUAGUCAAAAACCCAGGCCGGCUAUGGGACAAGAAAACGUUAGGGAAGAUUAUGAGAUGUUGUAUCAUAUUGCACAAUAUGAUUGUGGAGAACGAACGAGGCAAAUACAGUCUAACUGAUACUUCUCAGUUCGAGUCAGGAGAGUCGAGCAGAGGUUCGAAGGUCACAAGGCGAGAAAGUUUGCAUUCCACUAACAUGCUAGGCAUGCGCAAUGAAGUUCGAGAUUCAGGAAAACAUGAACGUUUGAAAGCUGAUUUAGUUGAAAAUGUAUGACAAACAUUUGGAAACGAUCAAUAAUCUUUGUAUGUUCAUCAAUUAUCAAUUAUCAAUGUAAUGAAUAAAUUUUAUUUAAAAAAUUUAUUGCAUAAUAUUUUAUACAUGUUUUCAAACUAAUUUCAAAACAAAAAAAAAAUUAAAAAAAAUAUUAUUUAAUUCCUGUGAACCCCUUCUCAGGUUCACUAAUGCAGAAGCACAAUACUAAGAGGUUCAACACUAUUCAUGACCCCACCUAAAAAAUAUUAAAAAAAUCCUAUGAACCCCAAAUGGGGGUUCACUAAUGUGGAUGCUCUUAUAUACGUAAAUAGUAACUUGGAUCAAUAAAAUCAUUAUAUUUCUUUUUUUUUAAAGAAGAAUAUUCUAUUUUGUGGUCGCUAUAAUCUUCCAAUAUCUAACGCAACCCAUAUCAUUGGGUCAUCUAAUUGUAUAUAUCCAAUCUGAAAUAUUACGAGUCUGAAUAUAUUUGAAUCAUAUUCAUAUAUUUAAAUAUAUUAAUUAUUUUUAGAUUUAAUAUACAAAAAUUAUCCAAAAUAUAUAAGAUAUUUUGAAAUUGUCCAAUCUAAAAUAGCUAAAAAAUAUUCAAAACUCCAAAAAUACUUAAAAUAUAUAUUGAUUCUCUGUCUAGAUAUUCAUGUCAAAACAAUUUUAUGUUAAACUUAAAUAUUUUGGCAUAUAAUAUUCAAAUUCAUAUGUUAUAUAUUAAUUUUAUUUUAAAAUUUGGAAAAAUUAAAAUAUAUCAAAAUUUUAAACUUUUACAAAAUAAUUUACGGGUUAUCUGAAUCUGAACCAAACCCACAGAGAUUCGAACCGAACUUGUACCAAAAUUUAUAAAUACCUCAAUAUGGUUGAAAUCUUCAAACUCAAAAACUCACAAUCCAAAUAAAUCCGAACCAAACCAAAUUGGGGACCCGAAUCCGAAUGAAUACCAACAUCGUAUAAAUAUAUUUGAAAAAGAUAACCAAUCAUAU